AUGCAUUUCGGCCAACGACACGUGCGCACUGAUGCUCAGAAAGGCAAGAUGGCGGACGGUGAAGCAGUAAUAAAUCUCAAGAAACUGAAGGUACUUUGAUUUAUUAAGGACCUAAGAUAGAUCGCAUCACAGGCAACGGAUGAAAUAAUUACAAUACUAAGUUCUAUCCAAGAAAUAAGCAAUUUACAUGAGUGACAUCAGUGUUUUAGAGUGCUAAAGCUCGAUGUACGUAGCUUUCUUUCUGUUGACUUUGAUUCAUGAACGAUGUACUCAUUGACGAAGUAGCUUGCAUUGAUAGUAAAUACUGAAUCGUCUCUUCUCACUUGGAAUAAUCAAUUACAAGUAUGACUGCUGUAUUAGUUCAUCCGUGGCAUGUUUUGAUCAUAAUUAUUAUCAUAGGUAGCUGAGCUAAAAAAGGAGCUUGCAGAUCGCGGUCUCUCCACGAAGGGCAACAAAAGCGAUUUGCAAGAACGGUUAGAAAAAUGUCUGGCUGAUCAAGGUUGGUUGCUGUGUGUUGUGAUGAGCAUUCAAAUUCUAAUGUCUUAGUAUCUUAGCCCUUUCACUCCUUGGAGUGACCAAGAGUAAUUUUCUUCUUUUUCAUGUGGAAGAAAGGAAAGUUAUUGGCUUAAGGAUAUUGUUCGAUUUAGCAACAGGUUCUCAGAGCUUGAUUUGUUAAAAUGUGAGCAAGACAGAGCUAAGUGUCAGAGGUCAAAAGGGUCCUGGAAAACCUGGAAAGUCCUGGAAUUUUAUUUUGACGUUUUCGAGGACUGGAAAGUCCUGGAAAAGCUACAGGUCUUCAAAAGUCCUGGAAAUCUGCUUAUUUCAAGCAGUAAAGUUUUCAGAAUUUACAAAAUAAGAAAUGUAUGUUAACUUUAUGGAGAAUUGAUUUUGAAAUCUUGGAAAUGAAAGGAUGUUAGAUUGGAGUCAUGGAAAAGUCCCUAAAAUUUUAUAUAAUGGUAUGAACCCUGGAGAAUUGAUACCUGGAUCAAGUGUCUAGAAUGGUUUAAAUAUACAACCCUUUUGUCCUUAGUAAUUGUUUGUUGUUAUUAAUUGGGGAACCCUCGGUGCAUAAGAUAAUUGGGAGGAGGUGGGGGAGGAACUAAACUUCUUUGGACUCUCUUUUCAUGGGGUGUUCAGUAUUCAACAAAGCACUCCUGUCCACCACCUCCACAAUAGUACAAUAGUAUGAUACUUUCUGUCAGGUAUGGUGGUCAGCCAAGAUGAAAGUGAUGACAUUGUUGAUGAAAAUGAUCCUGAUGAUGACCUGGACAAUGAUGCUGAUGACUUGGAUGAUGUAGAUGUAGGAGAUGUUUCAGAACACCUAGAGGCUGAAGACUUGGACACAAAAGACACAGAGGAAGAUAAAGAAGUAACCCAGGUGAAAAUGAUUCUUUUUAUUUGCCACACCUUGCAACCGAUGUGGAAGAUGGAUGAACAGUGUAAUAUUCCACUUGUGUUCAGAUCUGUUGUUUCCUUUUUGCUCUCAACUGAAUAAAUCACCAUUAAGUGGGCCAAGCUUUUUGAAUUGUGACUAACUGAUCUAUGUGUUAAUACAUUGGCAAUGUUGAGCUGUAUUUUUUUGUAUCUAAAUUGCAGUCCUGAUAGUAGGAUUCAUUUGAUUGACCCACUGAGUUGACAUUUAUGAGACCUUUUAAGGAAACUUAAAGUUUCUAAUGGGAUUCACUUGGGAUUCUGAGGAAUUUUGAUAAGAGUGUCACUCUGAGUUAAUGAUAUGGCACAGCAUAUAAAGAAACAACCACAGUUUUUCAAUUGUAAUGAUAACAUUGUGGGUUUACAUGUAUUUCUUUAACUUUUCAGGAAGUUAUAGCAGAUGAAAAAAAGACGCAAAAAGUUAUUUCAGUGUAAGUGAGAAUGUUAUUGGUUGAUGCAUCAAGAAAGCUGAGAAAUGUUUUUGUUUUUCCUCUCACAGCUGACUGACUGUCAUUUUUAGGCAAUUUUCAUUUGAGUCAACACUUCCAGACUAACCUUUUAUUUUUUACUUAACAUGAAAACAAAAUAUCUUCUUUUUGGGAAAGAUACACUUGGACCCAGUUGUUCAAAGGGCAGAUAGAGAUAUCCAAUGGAUUAAUUGCUAUUCAGCAGAUAUCUGUUUACCCAUUUAUCCAGUGGAUAGCAUUAUCCACACUUUGAACAACCCUGGUCUGCUACACAGGGGAAAAAAGUAUAUUCUGUCUGUUUAUAGUGGGUAUGAGUGUAGUUAUCCCAGUCAGUUAGUUAAUAGGAACUCAUUUUAAAUAGGGAAGAGCAAGACUGGAGUUGUUAACCAUGUGUUUUAUGGGAAUCAUUUGUUGUUCCACCCUAAAAAAAGCAUUGGUGAAGAACUCCAGCUGCUGGGACUCGGCAAUUUACAAGAAUAGUUGGGAAGUUAAAAUUGACAUUGCUGAUACAUUUAAUUAAUAUUUGCUAGUGGAAAAACGGAUACAGCAUAAUUUUUGAAGUGAUUGUAUUCAUUUAGUUGUUUUUAAUAGUGUGAACUACAUUGUGUUUAAUACAUGCAUUCCCUCUAUUUUACAGCAAAAGGGUGCCCAUUACACCUCCUGGAAACGUUGCUGGUCAAGUGACAUUAACUGAUGCAGAGGUGCAGUAUUCAAAGGAUUAAUUAUUUGCUGAAUAACUCAAUUGAGAAAAGUUGUUCUUGGAAAGUGUAUAUAGCUAAAUUAUUAGUUGAUUAUUUGUUCUUUACUAGAAAAAGUCAAAGAGAUUAGAAAGAUUUGGUAUGUCUCCACCAGUGACAGAUGUUGAGAAGAAACAAGCCAGAGCUCAGAGGUCAGUUAUGAUCUGUUUUGUAAUAUCUCUCAGUUGACACUUGCAAUAUAGUCAAUUUAGCAUGCCAUAUUUCACCAAACGGCUUGGUUAAAUUCCAAAGUUUGUUUGAUUUGAAACCUUCUCCCUCUCUUUGAGUCCAGAGAUAUAAUUUAUAUCUUAACCCUUUAACUCCCAAGAUCAAAUUAUUAAUUCUCCCCUUAAGCUGCUACACAUUUCUUUGUGAAGUAGUAAUGAGAGUUUGGUGUUAGAUCAAGAUAAAAACUUCUACUUGAUAAGUAUUAAUAUUCUCAUUACCUAUUUGCUGGUUCAUGUUAGGAUAUUAUGGGGAGAAGUUUCAUGUUGAUCACUUCUGGGAGUUUAAGGGUUAAUAACCUCAUCUUCUUGGUCCUCAAUGUAAGUUACAGAACCUCCCUGUUUUUUUUUUUUCUUUUUUUGUUCACACGGAUUUAUGGCUUCAUGUAAAAAUCCAAGUGCAAAAAAAUGUAGCCCUUGCAUUCCAUUACAGACCUCAAGCUUGGUUUGUGCGAGGUAAAUAAACCUUUUGGUGUUCAAUAUGAGGAAGCUUUGAUUCAGUUGCGCAAAUAGUUUGACCCACGACUCAUCCCCAUUGUCAUUUGUUUAGUUGAACUUAAUGGCUUAUGGUAGAGCAGAAAACCUAAGGAACUUACUUUCUAUGUGAAUUUAACCCCCUAAUUAUUUUUGCCUCCUUUGUAUGUUUAGAUUUGGUUUUUCUAGCCCUGCCAGUAAUGGAACUGCCAAGAGUUCACCAAUUGUUGGGGGAAAGGUAAAUUCAUUUUAAUGUUAAUGUUUGUUAGGGACAAUUAGCAGCAUAGAAGCUACCAAUAAUGUUUUAAUCUUACAUGUUAAAUGGUACAAAAUUUCAUGUAGUCAUGUUAUGUUUAACAGGAAGUAGAUGUUGAUAAACUAAAGAAAAGAGCUGAAAGAUUUGGUGCAGUCUCUCCUGCUAUAACCAAGGUAAAGACAUCUUGCCUACUACAAUUUUGUUCUCUGUUACAAAUUGACAGCCUUGUAGAACACAACUUCAGAGUUAGGUUUACAUUUAAUCAUUUGUCUCAUGAUGUAGUCACUUGAGAUGUAUAUUACAACAUUUCUACUUCUCUCAGCUAAAAACAAAGAUAUGUUGUCCCUUUUGGUCAUUAAGAGUUAUAGCACUCCACUUUUGCUUGCAGAAUCCUCUUAAAAACUUUCAAGAGCUAGAAACCAUCAAAAUGAAACACAUCACUGUCUGUGUAUGAUAAAUCUAAUGGAACAGUAUAAACAUCAUGAAAUUGCUUUCAUGGGCACCUUGCCACAUCACACUUAUACUUCAAUAAGCAAAAGUUUGUGUAUGCGCAUAACAUUUGGCAUAAAUGCAACAAGGUUUUCUUUCUCAAUUUAAUUGCCCAUUUAGAGUUCCCUAGCCCAGUGGAACUGAUGAUCUGUAAUGUGCUUGAAAUUGAAAGUAAUUUUACCUUAUAAAUAAAACAAUGACAAAAUUACUUUAAUGCAUUUUAAUGGGGCAGUUUUGAGAUUCUUACAGUCUUUCCUUUCUUUUGUCCCUUUUCUGUUUGUGUCUUAUUUUUAGUAUCAAAGAAUAUAAUUUUCAAUGAUCAACUAAACUCUCACCAAACACAUGUAUCUUCUAUUGUAUCUUACCUGGUAUGAUUUGUUUAAUAUUGGCAAUUUUCUCUACUUUUAUUUAGCUUGAAGAAAAUGAUAAAUUGCUGAAGAGAAAACAACGGUUUGGUGUAGCUAUUACAGGAUCUCCAGGAAACAUCUCAGAUGUAAGUUAAAUUGCCAAUUUUGUUUUGAGUUAAGAAUUGUAAUACUGUUCAGAUGACUUCUGCUUUUGUAAACUACAGAGUACCAGCAGGUAUGUCCUGUGUAAAUGUGACUUCUCCAAAUGUUAUUAUUUUCUAUUUGCUAGGCUAAGAAGAAGAGAGCUGAAAGAUUUGGGCUCUGAGGCAAACUUUUUAAGCAAUUGCUUGCAGUUGAGACAAGAACUUCAACAAAGAAGGAAUGACACAGUUACAUUUUUGAUAUGAUUAUCCAGUGGGUUAGUUUUGAAUACUACUGCUUGUAUAUUAAAAAGGAGGCCAGAAAAGCAGUGGACACUCAUAAACAGCUCCCAGCUCUGUCAAGUUCUGUUUAAUGAAUGGCAGCUGCUGCAAUAAUUAAGCUGCAAUCUUCUGUCUUGUAAAUUUGGCCCAUGUAGAUGGUCUUGAUGACAUUACAAACACCUUAUCUGUGAAAAUGGCUCAUAGAGAUUUGCAACAGUAAGGCUGCAUCACUGGAUGAUUAACUCAAAUUAGAAGGUAACAUAUUUGGGUCAGUUAUUUUAAAAACAGGGAUUAAUUUUGGUUCUGAUAACUACUAAGGCUGUUUAUUUCAUCAUAUAUACUCUUCUUCAUAACCGUUACCUCUUUGGACCUGAAAAUUUGUGCCUUUAACUGUUUGAAUUCUGCAUUUUGACUUCCUGUUUUUUUUAAUUUUUAAUUUUGUUUUUGCAAUAAAAUUGCAGCUUCUUUUCUUCAGAUUGACAAUGAAAUGAUACUGUGGUGACACGAAGUAGUUCACUUGUCCUUGAAAUCUAACAAUUCAAAGAACUAGUCAAAACAGAAAUUUUCUUUGUGCAUCAUUUUUAUUCUCAACCACAUCUCCAGGCUCCAUAGCCUGGUUAUUUUGGGAACACUUGUUCCAAAACCAUUCUUAGUUUGUGCACUUGAAAAUAUUUGUUGUAGUCAAUUUUACAUAUACUACAAAGUUAUUUUACACUCCAGAAGUCUGGUGUCCAAUUAUUUAUCUGAAUGGGGAAAAAUGUGAAUGUUUUGCAAAAUUCUCAACUUUCACACUUUUUCUUAGUUAUGGUUGGAAUUUUUCUCUUUGCAUUACUUGGAUAUCAAAAGGAUGCCUCACUGAUAAAAGUAUUUUUGUCGACAGAUCUUGGUUUGUCUCCAAAUUGACCAAGAACUAAAAGUUUUCAUCUCCAUCACUAGAGAAACUUGCAUAAUCACAGCAUUGUUCAUCAUUGUUUCUUGGUAGAAAAAUGUUCGAGUUACAGCUAUGCAAUCUGUUUAACAAUAUACUGACAUAAAGAUAAAACUGCUGCAUGUUUCUAUUUCUUAAUAAUGUAUUAAGGCACCCAGGACCGUUUAAAUAACACAUGAUAAAUUCUGAGAAAGAUUAAUGUGGGUUUUGUGCUCUUAGUCCUUAAACAUAGCCCCUUUAACAAAUUGUUACAUUACUGACUGUAAAAAGAAC